GCUGGAGCUGGGAAUGGGAUUUGGAGAUCUAGCAUUGUUUCGAGUAUUUAGCGGGCACGAGAUAUUGAGAAGUAAGAAAAAACGGACUUUCGCUGACAGGGCAUUCAGACAGUUUUCUCGGUUGAAUGACUUACAGCUGUCUGGAUGAAAUAUGGACACAAGGCGCACAGUACCGCAGCUGCACGCUUAACGCGAGCAGGUGGGAGACAAAACUCGGGCAGGCGCCAACCGGUAACUGGAAGUCUGUAGGGAUACGUGCCGAGUGCGUUAACCGUCACCUGGCGGAACUAGCAGCUGGGUCUCCAUCGCGAGAAAAAUAUUCGACUCUGGAUGAAACGUCUCUGCGAACUCUGCUCGAUAGCACAGUGAACCUGGAUGAGCGGCGACUCAUUCACUCUGCGAUCCGAGACCUGCGGCAGAGGGAGAUUGAGGAGAUGGAGGCAGCACUGGCCAGCAAGCGCUUCCGGCCAGCUCACCAGCACCUGCACGACGACAAAGAGAACCAGCACAGGGCCGACACUCUGGAUUUGCUGUCUGGGAAGCUGCAGGCCAUCCAGGACAUUGAAGAGCUCACCAAACUGCUGCGUGGUGCCAGUGAAUACGAGGAGAGGAAGCUGAUCCGAGCGGCAAUCCGCCAGCUGAGGGACAAGGAACUGCAGAGUGCCAUGGAAAGAGUCAAAGGAACCAAUCAACAGGCUAAGGCUGAAUCUGGAGAGAUGCACAGCAGCCUGGCCAGAGUGGAUCUUGACAGGGACAGGUUGGGGGAGCGAGAGCGAGAGCGAAUCAAAUUGCAGAUUCGAGAGCUGCGCAGUCAGCAGAAACAGAGCAGAGAGCUGCACAGAGCAGGCUCCAGCACAGGCAUGACGCUGGUCAUGGACACCGUGGGGAAAGGGGAGCCAGCAGGCCCUGCAGCAGCACACCGGUGCCUGGAAUCCGGGACCUCCGACUUCAACGGCAUUGUGACUCAGUGCCAGCAGCAGGACUCAUUUGAGCUGAGCCAGGAAUUUGCACCCUUCAGAGCCCGACUGGACUCAGGGGCAUCUGAGAGGAGUGUGGAGUCAUUUUCCAGGGCCCAGUUAGACUUUGAGACCCCUGACCACAGUGUGGGUUCUAUUCCCAGGGCACGAUUGGACUCUGGGACAUCUGAGAGGAGUGUAGGCUCUGCCUCAAGGGUUCAGUUGGACUCUGGGGCAUCUGAACAGAGUGUGGGCUCUGCCCCCAGGGCUCGAUUGGACUCUGGGGCAUCUGAAUGGAGUGUGGGCUCUGUCCCCAGGGCCCGAUUGGACUCUGGGGCAUCUGAACGGAGUGUGGGCUCUGCCCCCAGGGCCCGAUUGGACUCUGGGGCAUCUGAACGGAGUGUGGGCUCUGCCCCCAGGGCUCGAUUGGACUCUGGGGCAUCUGAACGUAGUGUGGGCUCUGCCUCUUCAUCCCGAUUGGACUCUGGGACAUCUGAGUGGAGUUUAGGCUCUGCUGUCAGGGCUUUACUGGACUCUACGGCAUCUGAGCAGAGUGUGCUCUCCACUCAAAGGGCUCAAUACCACUCUGGAUCUUCUGAGGGCAGCACAGGCUCCCAGGUCCAACAGAGAGACAGACUAGACUGUGGGAUGUCUGACACAGGCUUGGGACCAUGGCAGCGGCUGGGGUCCGGGUCCUCCAUUUCAUCACAAGGACUACUGGAAUCACACAGGGAUCUCAGCAGCUGUAUAUCCUCACUUGACAAAGAUCUCCAGGAGGUGCCAAUGAAGGCAAAAAGCAGCUCCGCCAGCUCAGAUCCAGAGCCUGAGAGCAACAGCCACAGAGCACCAAGGCCUAUUUAUGAGCCCAGUGAUGAGAGUUCCAUCACAGAUACAGCUCAUGAUCAGCCUGAUGGUGUCGUCUACUCCAGGAGUGUCCAUGCAUCUUGCAAUGGCUUGGUUAAUGGAAGUUCGAAGACCAGGGAAGAUACUAAAGAACAAAAGACAAUAAGGACAAGAGAGAUGCCUCAGUCACUCUUUUGCACCACCAAGCCAACAGAUGCUGCUGCUUAUCAGAGCAGCCAGACUAUCAAGGCGUCCUGCCCUUCCAUACGCCCAGGUGACCAGAAGGAUGCAGCUGCUCUCUCCAUUGGCCGAGCAAACUCUGUUAGGGACCGGGUACGCAAGUUUACUGAAGGCUCCUCAGGUCAGACAGCCCAGGCGAGGAGUUUCUCUGUGAGGAACCCUGCCACUGCCAGCAUAAUGCGGGGCCAGAUGCCCAUCUCUACAGUGACCCGCCGGUUUGAGGAACCUGGUCUGAAGGAGCAGUCCGAAAGUCCAGGAAAAGGAAAAUCUAUGUUGGGACACACCUCCACUGGUCCUGAGGGAGUUGGGAGGUCCCAUGAAGAACGUCCAUCUAGUUCUGUAUCCUCCUCCUCUACUUCUGAGAGCCCUGGAAGUUUACUCCAUCGCCGGGUGGGCAUAAAGAAAGGUUCAUCCACCAGGCCUCAUGUUCCCGCCCCACAACGGGCUCCCAGCAGCCAGUUGCAGAGCCGUGGGGGUGGGGCUUCUGAGCAGCCUGAAAGCAGGGGGCCUGCCCCUGCUGGCUCAGAUGAGAGCAGCACCCUGGACCAGGCAGUGGAGUCAUCAGCAGCCAGCGACACAUCAGGGGACAUCACAACUCACAGCCAAGGAGAGGGAGAUUCCAACAUGAAGACUUUCCUUACCAUUGAGAUCAAGGAGGGGCGAACCAUUCCAGGGGGCAGUAUGGCUUCUCGCUUAGCCACCAGUACAGUGGGCAACAGGUCAGAGCUGACUUUGGGCCUGAGACCGACUCCUUUCAAGAUCUCCUCUUCUGGAAUCUCUUCCAGUUCCACCUUCAAGAUGGAGAAUGAGCCCGCGGUUGCCAUGGAGCCUGUGUUUGUGGCCGCACCCUCGGUGCGUGCGGCCACCGAGACCUCCUCCGUACCCAACGGAUCCUCCGAGGUGCAGCCAAGGUUGAAGGAGCGUUCGGGCAAGGUCACCACCGAGGAACUUGCUGCAAUUGAGGACGAGGAGGUCCUAGACAAGAUGCUGGACCAGACAAAGGAUUUUGAUGAGAGGAAGAUGAUCCGGGCAGCCAUGAGGGAACUGCGUCAGAGAAAGCGAGAGGCCCUGCUGGGAUGCACACAGAAGGAGAUAGACCAGCGGGAGCGGGAGAGGGAGUCACGCCUGCAGGAGCUGCGGCAGCAGCGUGAGGAGCAACCCCAGAAGGGCAGGCGCCCAGGGGGCGCCGGUGAGGUGGUGGUAAAGAAGGUGGAGAAGUCAGCUGAUGGCUCCUCCCUCCACCAGGUCACCAAGACUGACCGCUUUGCCCAGUCAAAUGAUGGUCGCCAGUCGUCCCGCAGCACCGUCAUGGAGGCCAACUACGUCCAGAAAUCAGACAAGGGAACAGUCCAGACUAAGUCCUACAGCUAUGCUUCUUCUAGUUCCAUGAAAGUGGGCAGCGUGUUCGACCGCGAGGACACAUCUGCACAGGAGCGCAGGCAGGCAGAGCGUCGUAAGGAGCUGAUGAGGGCACAGACGCUGCCUAAGACCUCGGCUGCGCAGUCACGCCGUGCCAUGAUCGAAAAGCUGGAGAAGGAGAGUGGAGGGCCUGCUAACACGGCCGUGGCUCGGGUGCAGCGCUCCACCAGCUUCGGGGUCCCCAACGCCAACUCCAUCAAGCAGAUGCUGCUGGACUGGUGCCGGGCAAAGACCCGCUCCUAUGAGAAUGUAGAUAUUCAGAACUUCUCCUCCAGCUGGAGUGAUGGAAUGGCCUUUUGUGCCCUGGUGCAUAACUUCUUUCCCGAAGCCUUUGACUACUCCGCCCUCAGCCCCAGCAAUCGCAGGCAUAACUUUGAGGUGGCCUUCAGCACGGCAGAGGCCUUUGCUAACUGUAUGCCCCUGCUGGAGGUGGAGGAUAUGAUGAUCAUGGGAAAGAAACCAGAUCCCAAGUGUGUCUUCACCUAUGUGCAGUCGCUGGUCAACCAUCUGCGCAGAAUUGAGAUGACCCAACGGGCCUACUCUGAUCUCUGACCCCUCGCCUUGCCCUCCGCUUUCUAUGGCAUGGAAACAGUGAAAGUUCCUCUGCAGACGACCCCGUUACCCCUCUGCACCCGCAGCCUCCUGGCUGAUACACCUGGCUGACUGUGUCCUCUGUUCCCCUUUUCGUUACCUGCUGCAGGAUCUGCAGAUCUCACCGAGCAUGGAAGACGACUUAUAAAUACUGAGAAACUGCA